AUGUUGAGGGAUUUCAAAUCUUUGCGCCGAAAUUCCGGCAAGAAUCCCAACGCAGAGGAAAUCGAGAAUGUCCCCAUAAAUCCCAGGGACUCUCUGGGUCCUCAGAUUAUCAAGGAUUCUCCUAGGCCCCCUCUAUAUGCAAUUCAAGAACCAAUCCAGAAUUCUAAAGGUGGUAUAGAUCAAAAAUUGAGUGUUGUUAAGGUUAAUAAAACUGAUAGAACCCCCAAUAAGCCAAAGUCUAAGAAGUCAGAUUCAACAAUGCUGCAUUCCACUCCAGACAAACAAGGGCCCGUGUCAAAAAAUCACUUUGGUUGGGCCCAGAAGAGUGACUAUUAUUCGAGUUCUAGUGCCGUUGAGUUGAGGGAGGAGGGAAGGGCGGUGGAGAAUAUGAAUACCCCACGGUCUACUAGGAUGGUGGGAAGGGCCACUUCAAGUUAUUCAGAGUGUAAUUCGACUCAAAGCACGCCCACUAAGAGUGUAAGCAAGCCUCCAAAUCAUGGCCUCUGUCUAGCCAGUGGUUCUAGGCCUCUGGCCAGUGGGGCUGCUAGGAUGGCCAACUUUGCCGCACUAUCUAAAGGGAUUCCAAGUUCUUGUAAUUCUGCCACUGUUGUUAAUACGAUAGAGGUGCCCCAUUUUGAACUCAAGGAAGAUCCAUCUUUCUGGAUGGAACACAAUGUCCAAGUGUUGAUACGAGUGCGUCCUCUCAAUAACAUGGAGAAAGGUACAUAUGGUUACAGUAGAUGCUUGAAGCAGGAGAGUGCACAAUGCAUCACCUGGAUAGGGCAGCCCGAGACCCCAUUUAUGUUUGAUCAUGUAGCAUGUGAAAAUAUAGACCAGGAGACACUUUUUAGAAUGGUUGGCUUGCCCAUGGUGGAGAAUUGCUUGUCAGGGUAUAAUAGCUGUAUGUUUGCAUAUGGACAGACAGGUAGUGGGAAGACUUACACAAUGCUUGGUGGGAUUGAAGAGCUAGAAGGCACUCCUAGUCCAAAUCGUGGAAUGACCCCGCGCAUAUUCGAAUUCUUGUUUGCAAGAAUUAGAGCUGAGGAGGAAAUACGAAGAGAUGAACGGCUAAAAUACAAUUGCAAAUGUUCUUUCCUGGAGAUCUAUAAUGAACAAAUAACUGAUCUUCUUGAUCCUUCUUCUACAAAUUUGAUGUUACGCGAGGACAUCAAAAAGGGCGUUUAUGUUGAAAAUCUAUCCGAAUUCGAGGUCCAAACUGUAGGCGACAUUCUUCAGCUUCUGAGUCAGGGUUCUGCAAAUAGGAAAGUUGCCACGACAAAUAUGAACAGAGAAAGCAGUCGCUCCCAUAGUGUUUUUACAUGUGUGAUUGAGAGUAGAUGGGAAAAGGAUUCGACUUCGAACUUUCGAUUUGCUCGGCUGAACCUUGUUGACCUUGCCGGUUCUGAAAGGCAAAAGACUUCUGGUGCCGAGGGCGAGCGUCUAAAGGAAGCUGCAAGCAUCAAUAAAUCACUAUCAACGCUAGGUCAUGUAAUAAUGGUCCUAGUGGAUGUAGCACAUGGGAGACCAAGGCAUGUUCCUUAUAGAGAUUCAAGGCUGACAUUUCUUCUUCAGGAUUCUUUGGGUGGAAAUUCAAAAACAAUGAUGAUAGCCAACGUCAGCCCAUCUAUCUGCUGUGCAGCAGAAACACUGAACACUUUAAAGUUUGCUCAACGAGCAAAACUUAUUCAGAAUAAUGCUGUCAUCAAUGAAGAUUCAUCAAAAGAUGUUGUUGCUCUGCAACAUCAAAUACGUUUGCUAAAGGAAGAGCUUUCUGUUCUCAAACAUGAAAAGGUUUCUCGAUCAUUAUUCUUUGGUCCAGCAAUAAACAGAGAUGCAAGGAACAAGGAUGAAGAUGGUUGUAGUGAAAGGACACCUGAUGAACCGGAUCACCAGGGUAAUUUACUUGGAAAAGCAUCUAAAGUUGUUCUCAGAAUGUCAAGUAAACAGUUAAAAUCACUGGAAGCUACACUUGCUGGUGCACUAAGGAGAGAACAGAUGGCAGAUACUUCUAUUAAACGGCUUGAAGCUGAAAUCGAGCACUUGAACCGUCUGGUUAGUCAAAGAGAAGAGGACACCAGGUGCACAAAAAUGAUGUUGAAAUUUAGAGAAGACAAAAUUCAAAGAAUGGAAUCUCUUCUUGGUGGCUUGACAUCAGCAGAUGCUUAUUUGCUGGAAGAGAACAGGGAUUUUUCAGAAGAAAUCCAGCUGCUGCGUGCAAGAGUUGAUAGGAAUCCGGAAGUGACUCGCUUUGCCCUUGAAAAUAUUAGGCUUUUAGAGCAAGUUAGACGAUUUCAAGACUUCUAUGAAGAAGGGGAGAGAGAGAUGUUAUUGGCUGAAGUAUCUGAACUGCGGAAUCAGCUAAUUCUCUUCCUUGAUGGAAAUUCGAAGCAGCAAAGCCAUCAAGGCACAAAUAUAGCUUCUCAUGUUGCUGUUCAUACCAAUGAGGAAAACAAUUCACUCCAUGAGGAGUUGAAGAGGACUAUGAGUGAAUUAGAGGAAACCCGGAGUAGGCUAAACUGUACUUUAGAAAACAAUGCAAAGCUCAGAGGGGAGAUUGACAAGUUAAAUACAUCAUUGAAUACCAUUGGAUCUGCAACUCAUGAGCAUGACUCCAGACCUGAAUUCAUGAAGGAAUCAAUAAAGGAAGUUUCAAUUUUCAACGAGCAGAUAAUAUUGGCCAAGGAGCAAGAGAAAGGCCAAACUAGGUACGGAAAUUUUAUGACGCACAAAGAAGACAUUGUGGGUUUGCAACUAGAGUUGGACAUUUUGAAAAUUAUUCUUAAAGAAGAGAAGUCAAACUCUUUUAAAGCAGAGGAAAUGGCACAAUCUUUGAACAGAGAACUUCAGUCGUCAAAGGAAAUUAUUAUGUCUAUUACUCAAAAUUGUGAAGACGUCCAAGAAGAACUCAAGAAAGCAAAAUUUCUUAUUGAAGUUCUUGAGUCUCAGCAAUUUCUAAUGAUGAAUGAGAUAGAGGAGCUCCGUAACUCUGACAGCAACUAUGCUGAAAUAUUGCAUAAACAUAAGCUUGAAAUCUCUUCUUUAAAGGAGCAUAUUCAUGCUCAAGAGUUUAGAGAUAUUUCAUCCUUUAAUCUAUCCGAAAGUAAUGAUUCUCCUAUAGAAGCAAAGUUGAAGAAAAUGCACGAUUCUCUUGAAAAGGCCAAGAGAUUGAAUCAGUGGUAUCAAAGUGAUCAUUCGUUUCAAGCAUCUAAAGAAGAAGAAAGGGAUGAAGUCAGCAAGCAGGUCGAGGCAGAAACUGCUGAGGUGAUUAUUUGCUUGCAAGAAGAACUUGCUGUUCUUCAACAGGAAGUCCAAGAUAGUAGCUUGAAAGAGAUGGAUACCAGGGAGAAGUUGGUUCUAUUUCAAGCUGAGAUGAAAGAUCUGGAGGAGAAUUUAUGUGCGACGACUCAAGAGAACACAAGAUUAGCUCAAAUGCUAGAACACAAAGAAAAUCAAUUAAGAAACAUGUCAGAAGAAUGGGAACGAUUGACCAAUGAGAUUGAAGGUGCUCUUACUGGCGGGCAUGAGUCUCUCAAAGACAUCUCUGACCAGCUUGAUGAUAUUUCCAGUUCAUUCCCUCAGAAAAGAAAUUUGAUCUCUGAACAAAUUGGGAGGAUGAAAACUUAUUUUCUUGAAAAAGAAGUAUUAAUUGAAGAGCUCAAUCAAUGCUUAAAAGAUGCGAUGAAUAAGAGAAACGAUAUGGAAUGCAUGCUAAGGUCAUUGAGAGGGGCAGCAUUGGUAAUGACUGAGACGCACCAGCAAGAAUGCAGUGAAAAGGACAAAGAGAUUCUCCUUUUAACAUCCAAAUUAAAUGCCAAGACUUCUGUUAUUGAAGAGCUGGAGAGCAAAAUCAAACAUGGAGAGGAUCAACUUAGAAAUGCAUCAUGCUGUGCAACAGCCGCUUUUGUGAUUAUGAACCGGUUGUUUGAGUUAAAUUCUAACCAUGUGAAUGCUUUAAAUAAUAAGGACAUGCAGCUUAGACAAGCUGCAGAAGUGAUUAUUCAAAAAGACGCCAUUAUCCACAAUCAGUCAUCAAGAACUGAUGAGGCAGAAGAACAGAAUGAGAUCCUCAGAUUGGAAAUGAAAUCAUUAGAAGAAUGCUCUGCCAGACUAAAACUGCAGCUAUCCGAGGAACAGAUACAUGCUAAGGCUCUUUGGAGGAAACUUGAAGAAACUGAAGAAAAUAACAUCUUGGAAGCCAUGGAAAAACUCAGGCAGAUAAAAUCUGGAGUUUCAACACUGAAAUUAUGCAUGAAUGGGUAUCUGGAGCAGAUUGGAGGUUCUGGUGAAGAUAAUGCUUUAGAAAGUUCAUAUUGUUUUCCUGCUGGCGACAAAUGUCAAACGUGGUCUGGUAAAGGAACAGAACAGGACACUAGCCAUGUAGAAUCGUGUGUUCUUGAGGAUGCGAGUAAUGAGACUUCAAAAUGUUCUUUCACUGCAAACCAUAUGGAUGAAUGCAUGUUUGAUUGUAAUAGUUCGGCAUGUGAACAAACUUUGAAGGAUGUGAAUGGUAAAGAUGCUAGCACUACUCUUCUAAAGGAAGAGAUAGAAUCUGCUCUUCAAAGCAUUCAAGGAUUGCAAGCCGAGAUGGCCAAAUUACAUCAUGAGAAAGAAGGUGUCUGGAUGUCUGAAAAACGUCACAAGAAGAGCAUUGAAUCAUUGAUGAAUCAAGUAUUUGUGCUACAAAGUUCUAUAUAUAAUUUUGAAGUGAAUCUUGAGCUAAAAAUUGCUGCUUUGGAUGGCAAACUAAGGGGAGUAGAAGAAAUCGUACAAGAAUCUUUCACUUCCUGGUUCCAUCUUAAACAGUUACUUGAGGCUGAACUUGGUGAUGCCAAGACAGUUGCUGCCCGGAAAUCCAUUGAAGCUUCUUGUGUUCUUGAGAAAUUUGAAGAGGUUCAAGAAACCAUGAAAGAAGCAGACAUAAUGAUAAAUGAGCUGAUGAUAGCUAAUGAAACCUUGAAGCUUAACAUCCAUGAGCUGAAGGAAAAUGAGAACACCUUGAUCAAUGAAAGAGAUUUCCUUACCAUAGAAGUUCAGAACUUGCAGUCCUCCAAUAAUCUGAAAGUUCAGCAUUAUGAGAAAUUUGAGCAGCAGUAUGAAUCAGAUAUUGUGGAUAUGAAGAGCCUGGUAUUGGAACUAGAAGAACUUGUUUCACAGGUCCAAACUACUUCCAUUGAAGACUGCAAGGCUAUAGCAUCAGAUUUCCUAGGCAUGAAUUCCCAACUUUGCGAGUCAACGAGAUUGAUCAGGUCGUCUCUUGAGGAAGUAUGGUCUGAGAUUAUCGUUAAGGAUUUUUCCAUGUCUGUUCUGCAUCUUUGUCACAUGGGAAUUCUCUUAGAAACAUCAAAUGGGCUCAAUGCAGAAAAUGGUCUUCUUCACCGUGGUAUAUUCGAAUCAAAUUCCAAAUUUUCUGAACUCCGGGAGCAUAAUCUUAGAUCACAGAGAGAGCUUGAAAUGUGUAGAAUACUCAAGGGGAAGUUAUUGGCAGAUAUUAAGAAAGGUUUUGAUAGUAUAUCAAGCAAAGUAGACGAAUCUGGGGAGCUCACCAUAAAGCUCGCCUCUUUUGAGAAGAAGAUACGAGAUCUGCAUUUACAAGAAGAGUUAAUGUUGCAACGGUCAAAUCAUAUGGGAUCUGAACUUUCUGUCCUGAUGAAGGAGCUCGAUCUGAGUAACUCGAAUGUAUUAGCAUCUCUUCUGGAUCAAGAAAGACUACUAAAGGAUAAAGACAAACUUCUUGAAUAUCAGGAAGAGAAUUUCAUGAUGGAAUUGUCUGCAAAAGAUUUUGAAUUUUUAAUCAUGUCAUCUGAAUUAAAGCAGCUGGCGCUCCUAAAAGCUGAUGCCGAGAGCGCAGAAAUCAGUUUCUUUGAAGUCCUUGAAAACUUCAAGAAAGGUAUAAUUUUCCAGAGCAUGAAUGCUGCUUCACAUGAGUUGAUAUUGAAGGAGAAGGAAAUUGAGCAGGCUUUCCUGCAAAAAGAAGUUGAAAAAAUAACUCAGAAGCAGCAGAAAUUGUUGUCAGAGCUUGACGAAAGGUUUUUAACAAUUGCCCGGAUGGACACUGUAAACAAAGCUCUUAAGCAAGAUAUUCUGUCAUUAAAAGAAGAAUUGGUGGAAGCAAAGAGAACCCUCUUGCCCCAGGUUCAAAAUCUUGAAUCACAGCAAGCAAAGUUAUUAAAAGACGUUGAGGUGAAGGAAGCAGCUCUUGAAACUUCUUCGAGUAAUAUCUCUGAGCUUUAUCAACAAAAACAGGUAUUGCAAAAUGACAUCUGUUUACUGGAAACUGAAUUGUGCAGGCUUCAGCACGAGGCAGAAUUGAAAGAUGAAGAACUUAAAAAAAUGAGCUGCCUUGAAAAGGAAAAUGAGGCCCUGCAGGAUGAUUUAACAAAGGCAAAGGCAGAGCACUGCGGACUUCUCCAGGAUUUGGAGGAUAAGAAAGCCGAGUUUGAAUCAUAUCUAAAAGGUACUAAUGAUCUUGAUGUAGAAAAUCAUAGAUUGAGAGAAAACAUUUUGUCGUUGCAGAAUCACAUUGUCAAGUUAAAUGAAGAUCUAAACCUUACAAGGAAAGAAUUGGAAACCCUUCAACAUUCUCAAUCUGUAGUCAAAGAUGAGAUGUCUUCAAAAAUUCAGGGUUUGAAUGAAGAGAAUGCUUUCUUGAGAAAUAAACUUGGAGCUCGUGAGAAUAAUGAGAAGGAUGAUAUUCUCAAGGGGCUGUUAUUUGAUUUGAGCUUGCUGCAGGAGUCUGCAUCUAAUAGUAAGGAUCAAAAGGAUGAAAUUGAAGAACUUUUGGCCUCUCUAAGUGCCUUGGAAAAAGAUUUUGAUAAAAAAUCUAGUGAACUUGACCAAGCUGUUGCUGAUGGUCAAAAACUUGAAACUCAACUGCAAGAGAAGGUAGCAAUAAUAUCUGCUCUUGACAUGGAUAUUGUGAAAGAGCGCGAAACUAUAAAUUCAUUAUCCUGCAAAAACGAAGAGUUGGUGGCCAAUUUUAAAGAAGCGUUAGAAGCAAAAAUGUCCAUGGAGAAGAGAUUGAUACAGAGAAGUACCAUAAACGAGAACUUGAGAAUAGAAAUUACUGAAAUGGAGGCUGCUCUUGCUGAAAUGAACAAGGCAUCUGAAUUCUUGAAGAAAAAUUUGGAUACUGUCACCAGUCAGAGGGAUGAUCUUCACAACGAAGUCCUUAAUUUGACUGAAGAGCUUGAGAUGGCACGAGCAGUUGCUGAUGAAAACAGAGCAAUCUCUGUAGAAGCACAAGAGAUUGCAGAAACUAGAAAAAUCCAUGCUGAGGAGAAGGACGAGGAAGUGAAACUAUUAGAGCGGUCCAUUGAGGAGCUAGAAUGUACUGUGGAUGUACUUGAACAAAAGGUUGGCAUUGUCAAAGGAGAAGCUGAACGCCAGCGAUUGGAGAGAGAGGAACUGGAACUGGAACUUCACGCUGUUAAGCAACAAAUGCAAAAUGUCGAAAGCAAUGAUUCUGAUUUAAAAAGACAACUGGAUGAAAAGGAGAAGAACCUUCAAGAAGCUCUUCAACGAGUACAAAUUCUUGAAAGAGAAAUAGCUGCCAUAGAUGGAGAGAUAGCCCAAUGUAAAGAUCAUAUAUCUGAGCUAAAUUUGCAUGCCGAGGCACAGGCUUGUGAAUACAAGCAAAAGUUCAAAUCAUUGGAAGCCAUGUUAGAACAAAUCAAAUCAGAAGUCCCUGCUCAUGGAACUUCAUCAAUCAACAAAUUGGAAAAAAAUUCUUCAAAGUCUAGGGGAGGAGGUUCCCCUUUCAAAUGUAUUGGAUUGGGCUUAGUUCAACAAAUAAAGUCUGACAGAGAUGAGGAGCUUAGUGCAGGAAGACAACGUGUAGAAGAACUUGAAGCCAUAGCUGCAAGCAGACAAAAAGAGAUAUUCUCGCUGAAGGCUAGAUUAGCUGCCACUGAAAGCAUGACCCAUGAUGUAAUUCGGGAUUUACUAGGUGUAAAAUUGAACAUGAACAGUUAUGCGACUUUAAUGGAUAAUCAGCAGCUUCACACAUUAAUUGAGGAGUCUCAACAUCAUAACGUUGAAGCUAAAGUUAAGGAACAGGAAGUAGUUAAACUUAAACAGCAAAUAAACGACUUUCUUAACGAGAAGAAAGGAUGGCUGGAGGAGAUUGAGAGAAAACAGGCUGAAAUGUUGGCUGCACAGGUUACCCUGGAAAAAUUGAGCCAGAAAGAUCAGUUGCUCACAACUGAAAAUGAGAUGUUAAAGGCGGACAACAUUAAUCACAAGAAAAGGGUGAUGGAACUUGAAGCCGAAGUCAAGAAUUUGUCCGGUCAUCAAAAUCUCCAACAACGCAUCCACCACCACACUAAAAUCAAGGAAGAGAACAGCUUAUUGAAGUGUCAAAACGAAGAUCUUAGCAUCAAACUACGAAGAACUGAGGCAUUUCUUUCACGUGUCAAGGAAGAGGUAGCACGCUUCCGUGCAUCAAAUGGACUAAACCCUUAUAUUAACUUUGAUGAGGAGCAACGGCUGGACAAUAAAUUGAAGGAAACUGAAGAGGAGAGGCUGCAAUUAGCACAGAAGUUAAUUGGCUUGUGUACUAACAUACUAAAGGCUGCUGGAAUAAGGAGACCAACAUCUGAGAUAAGUCCAUCUGUAGCUGAGGAAGCACUUGAUCAGCUGAAAAAUCGGGUUCUCUCUCUCGAGAUGGAGCUACAAGAUGUUAAACUGAAGAACAGAAUGUCUGAUGAAAGAAGUAGAUUGUCUGAACUCAGGCAACAAACCUCGCCACUUUUUGCUAGCAGCUUGAGUGAAGGCAGCGGCGAUGCGCAUUGCACAACGACCGUUGCAGCAACGUCGCUCACGCCAAACUGCAGCAGCAAUGUUGACUCGGACUCGGGUCACUCAAUUCAAGCUAUCAGGGAACAGAUAUUCGAGUCAAAUGACACAUCAGCAAACCCUGCACCGAUGAACGAUUUUGUGCAACAUGCAGAGGCUAUGGGGGUUGAGGGAAUGUCCAAAAGCGUUAUGAGUGGGUUCAAACUAGAUCUGGUACUGGUUUAUUCUGAGUUGGCUAACAGUUAUGGAAAUGUGGUUUGCCUCGGUGUCUGCAUUGACUUAGCCCAAUCGUUUACUGUGUCACCUCCGGUGGUGAUGGAGAGAAGAUAA